UUGUACUUCAAUAUGGAAAAGUUUUCAUCGAAGUUUUUCAUUUGCAUUUUAUUUGCAGCACUUCUUUUGCUAUAUUCCCCAGCUAGAUCCCAAGAAUUAUUUGAGGAUGAGGACGAGUAUAAUUAUGAUGAAAAUAGUGACAGAGGACCAUCUCAUUGGGGAAACAUAAAACCAGAAUGGAGAACAUGCAAAACUGGAAGAAUGCAAUCACCAAUUGAUUUGAAUAAGAAGAGGCUUCAAUUGGCUAAACUAGGACCCCUUAACUUGAACUACAACCCCUCCAAUGCUACCCUUAAGAAAAAUAUUUAUGAAAUUGAGUUGCUGUUUCUUGAUCCAACAAGCUCUCUAACAAUCAAUGGAACGCGUUAUAUACUUCAAAAUUUACAUUGGCACAUUCCAUCUGAGCACACCAUUAAUGGACGAAGACUGGAUCUAGAGGUACACCUGGUGCAUGUGCAUCAAACUCCAACAACUAAUCUAACAGCAGUGAUUGGAAUACUUUUCAAGAUUGGAUCAAGAACAGACCCACUAUUGCUAGAGGAAGAUUUGAAGGCACUUUCUGGGUUAAGUGUUGGAGCGAAUAGAUCAGUGGGUGUAUUUGAUCCAAGUGUGAUUAACAUAGAAAGAGACUUAUACUACAGAUACAUGGGUUCGUUGACUACUCCUCCUUGUACCGAGAAUGUUACUUGGACCAUCCUUAAACAGGUUAGAAAAGUUAGAGGGGAUCAAAUCAAACUGCUUCAGAAUGCUGUUGCUGAUGAUUCGAAUGGCAAUGCGAGACCAAUACAACCAACAAACAAUCGCAAAGUGCAACUCAAUAAAGAGUAUAAUUAA